AUGAGCGGAUCUUUCCCUGCCCAGACUGGGCCUCCCUUGGCCUCGACGAAGGACGAAUCUCCCUCGACCAAAACCCGAUCUUCCUCCAGUGAAUUUCCGAGCGAGUUGUCCUCCAGCGGAUUUUUGAGCGAAGGUUCCGUUACCCAAAGCGGUCCUCGGACUUGGGUGCCUGGCCGUGAGUCCACGCUCGAGAAAAGAAUAUUGCGCAAAAUCAGACAGCACAACGACCGAGGCGACACCGAUGCCAAGAUCAUCGUCAAUUUUGUCAUCGAUUUUGACCAUGGUCAGUAUAUCAAAAGCCACAAGAAGGGCGCGGACACCAACUUGGACUGGGCCUACACACUCACAGGCUUCAGGAACAUUGUCCAGGCAUCAACCGCGCUCGACUACAUGAGCCAGACAUGGCCCCAAACAGGCGCCCGACUGUACAGCUAUCUAGACCUGCGCUUACGUCAAUCUUCGUACCACAGAUUUCGUGUGCAGUUCGCUGGAAAUGGGGGUGCAAACAUCACCGUGCACCUCGACAAGGAAACACCAGACCUUACAGCGGAAACAUGCCAUUUAUCCAUCACAGCCAGUGGUCACCAAAACCUUGUAGCCUCGGUGGCUAGCCAAAUCGCUUGGUUCUGUGGCGCGUUCAGAAGAUCGCCCGAAGGUGGUCUCAUCUACUGCAAACCGACGGUCAGUGAGACGCUUCAUUUUGAUUCUUCGGACUCGUCGAGCGAUGAAAGCAUGAGAUUUAAUAUUGGUUACAUCGACACGCCCAUCGACGGGUCCGACCUUGACGUGCCACGAACCUGCUGGAAUGGCCUUUUUAUUGACCAACCUCAUACUCGGAUUGUGUGCGGAUACCCAAUCCGUGUUCAGCCAGGAUAUGCGUUCAACUCAACAAGCGUGCCUUUGACGGGGUUGGAGAUUACGUGGAAGAUCCUCAUGAGGAUUCGUGAGGACGAGACGCCGGUUGAGAGGCCUCAGAACCUGGCAACCACCCCGGUUGUUGUUCAUGGGAAGUGUUUUUUUCUUAUCUCCAAGGUGUUGAACAAGGGAGUGGUGUUUUGGCAUUUGGAGCGGCGGUAUGAUCAUGAGGGGUCUGAGUUUAGGCUUGAUAACUUGCCUCGUCCGGAGGUGAGCAGUGACUUCGACUUUGACCAGCUAGGGAAUUACAGGCACUUCAUUGGGGGGGAGUGUGGGGUGAGGAAGCUUUUUGUCAUUGAGGGUCGGUUGCAGGAGGGCUUUACUUGCCCCGAUUGA